CGGAGGCCGUGGGGAACGGCGGGCGGGUGCUGCUGACGCGUGCGGCGUACAUGUCGCUGAGCACGGCUGAGCGGGAGCGGGUGGAGGUGAGUGCGCUGGGCGCGGUGGCGCUGCGCGGGGUGCCGAGGCCGGUGGAGAUGUACCAGCUGGACGCCGUCCCCGGGCGCACCUUCGCCGCGCUGCGGCUUGACCGCGAGGUGGCGGAUCUUGAAGAGGGCGGCGAUGAUACGUCAAGCAGCGGCGUUGCCUCCAUGUCUACUGCACUAGACGGCCCCGCGCUUGCCAUUGUAUCACCGUUGGCUGUGGUGUUUGGGAUUUUGGCUCCCCCUCAGCGGCUGAAGUUGCUGCGCCCUCUCUGCGGGCGUUGGAGGGUUGACGUGCCGCGUGCGGUUAGAGCUGCGCGCGAGGAGGAGGUCUGCCGUGUGGCGAUGGAGCGGCUGGCGGUGAAGGUGAGCCAUGUGAUGGAGAAAGGUGGGUGUACACCCUCAGCUGAAGGUUCUCGUAAAUGUAGUUUGACAGCGGUUUCGACGUUGCACGACAGCCGUGUGUUCCACAUACUCAACGCCGGUGGUGGGGGAGGUGGCCAUCUUGAUAAGCUUCGUUCACUGAACAGCCUUCUGCACGGCUCCUUGUCUGCGACUGAAAAAGUGCCUUCAGAGCUGGAUGACUCGGAUGCCACGAUAAUUGUUCGUCCCCGCGUGUAG